AUGCCAAGUGACAAGAGUCUUCCCGUCGACCGUGCUUAUUUUACUGCGGUCAUCAUCUUCAUCCUCGGCCUGGGGACUCUCCUGCCAUGGAACUUCUUCGUGACUGCGUCUCAGUAUUUUAAUGAUCGACUGAAUGUGUCUACUGUUACCACCAAUGGGCCCGUUAAAGACUACAGGUUUGACAGCUGGAUGACCUUGCUUUCCCAGCUACCCCUGCUCAUCUUUACACUGCUGAACUCCUUCCUCCUUCAGUGGGUCAGAGAGCGGGUUCGUGUUGCCUUCAGCAUGCUUUCCAUCCUCCUCCUGUUUUCUCUGACGGCUGCAAUGGUUCAUCUUCCGCUAUCUCCAGACUCCUUCUUCUCUGUCACCAUGGCAACCAUCUGGUUCAUCAACACCUUCAGUGCAGUACUCCAGGGCAGCCUGUUUGGACUGGUGGGACUGUUACCUUCCAGAUACAGCACUCUGUUUAUGAGCGGCCAGGGUUUGGCAGGGAUCUUCGCUGCCCUCGCUAUGCUUUUUUCAAUCUUAAGUAAUGCAGAUAAGAGGACUGCAGCUCUGGGAUACUUCAUCACUCCCUGUGUGGCCACACUGGGAACGCUCAUCUGUUACCUGUUUCUGCCACACCUGGAAUUUGCUCGAUUUUAUCUGAACAGGAGUCAGAACAAGAAAGAGGAAACUGAGAAGGAGCUUUUCGGCAGUGGAGAUAAAACAGCUCUGAACGACCACAUUAAGGACGUUGAGGCCAAAGCUCUGGAGAAAAGCAAGUUCAUUGCCGAACUUCCGGAGAGCCCGAAACGUUCCUCUGUCCCGGCUGUCUUCAAAAAGAUUUGGUUGAUGGCUGUCUGUGUGACGUGUGUGUUUGCGGUGACGCUGGCCGUCUUCCCUGUGAUCACAGUCAAGGUGCAGACGGUCUACAAAGAGAACUCCGCCUGGGACAGAGUAUUCACCUGUGUUUGCUGCUUCAUCGUUUUCAACGCCAUGGAUCUGGCCGGCCGUAGCGCCCCUUCUCUCAUACAGUGGCCAUCCAAGGAGAGCCGUCUUUUUCCAGCAGCUGUGUUCUCCCGUGUGGUCUUCAUCCCUCUUCUCAUGAUGUGCAACAUCUCUGGCUCCAGCCCGGUCACACUCUUCUCUCAUGACUCCGUCUUCGUCACCAUCAUGGCGCUCUUUUCCUUCUCCAAUGGUUACUUUGCCAGCCUCUGCAUGUCCUACGCGCCCCAGUUUGUGCGGUCCAAGGACUGUGAGACGGCGGGAGCACUAAUGACCUUCUUCUUGGCCCUGGGCCUCUCCUUGGGGGCCUCCCUUUCCUUCCUCCUGGGUAAACUGGUGUAGAAAGGACCAGCAGACUGGGACCAUUUGACCACCGGUACUGCAGUCCAUUUCAGUGGCAUCAAGAUCAGAUUUGAUGCAAAAGAGACGCAAAUAUUUUUUCAUUUGCCUCAUGAUACUCUAAUA